UGUUCUUAAGCAUAUGUGUCUGAAGACCUCUCAUACUUAUCUCACUUGUUGUUUUUCCCCAUCAGCUGCUGCAGCAAAACAGCUUAAAGGUGAGAAACUUCGUAAAAUCCGGCAAGCACACGGUAAGUACCCUGGCGUGUUUCCUGGGAUGGCUGCACCCGACGGCAGUCCCUUGUCCAGCAGCUCCAGCCCCAGCUCCAGCUUGAGUUCUAGUGUCGGCAGUGGCAGCGUCCACAGCAGCGCCGGCAGCGGCGUCAGCAGCGCCAGUGGCAGUAUUCGCAUCCGUGUCAGCAGCUCCACGUGGCAGGGACCACAGCGUCCCAAAAAGAAGGUCAAGGUCACGGAGAAAGCAGAAGAGAUCAAACUCGCUCCUGCCCUUACCCAGGUGACCCGAAAGCUACCCAAGGUGCACAAGCGGUUGCAGCCCAUCCUCUUGCAGCGGCGUGACACCCGCACACAACUUUACACUGAGAUGCUGAAGCACCAGAAAGUCAAGAAAGAGCCAGCGGUUGUCACUGCACCCAUGGAAUCAAAGCAAGAGAUUGCCCCUGUCCCACUGAAACCCAGCCCGUCUGUGGCACCACCACCACCACCACCACCUCCACCACCGGCACCUGCCAAAGGCACCUUAAUUGAUCCGAAUGAGCAGUACAACACUGACCGCACCAAGUGGCGCAAGGACCUCUAUAAGCUGAUGACGCUUCGCAUUGGCAGCUUUGCUGAGGGCCGCACAGCAGCCGAGGACUUCCUGGCGUCUGCUCGUGCGGCCCUGAGCGGCCGUCCCAUGUCCUGGGAGGCCUUCACAAACAUCAGCCAGGCAUUCCUCUCCUCUCAGGAGAAAAUCACAUCACAGGCCUCUAGCUGGAAGAAGUACAUGAGCGAACUCUUCAGAGCCUCUUCCCAGGAAUUCAAACCGUCAACAGAAAGCUUAGAAACGGUCUUGGAUGUAAAAAAAGGAAGAGAUAUAUUCAGAGGUUCAUUGAGUGACGCGGAGAGCUUGGAGCUCAGUCAGGAGGAUUCGGAUUUGGAGAGAAGAAAGGAAGAAAGAAGGAGAAGAACGAAGGAGAAGAAGGAGCUUGACACGGCGGCGGCAGUGAAAAAAGAGAUGUCCAUGGCCUCCAAAAUGCAAGCAACGAGGAAGAAGACGGAAAGGGAAGAGAAAAUGGCUCGAAGGUUAGCGAAAGAAGGAAAGUUAGCUAAACUGAAAGACCAAGACACGUUGUCCCUAGAUAGAGAGCGGGAAGUGUUGGCCAAAGAAAAAGAAUAUGAGUCAGCUGAAGAAAAAGAAUAUGUGUUGGUCCGGGGGACGGGGAAGAGUAAAGAACAAGAAGCGGCCAAAAGAAAAGAGCAAGAGGCAGUCAAGGGCAAAAGGCACGAGGCAGCUAAGGGAAAAGAGUAUGAAGCGGCCAAGGGAAAAGAGCAUGAGGCCGCCAAGGGAAAAGAGCAUGAGGCAGCCAGGAGGGAAGAGCGUGAGGCAGCCAUGGAAGAAGAGCGUGAGGCAGCCAGGGUGAAAGAACGAGAGGCAGCCAAGGCGAAAGAACGAGAGGCAGCAGCACGUAGGAGAAGGGAACGAGACUCGGUCUCAGUUGAAAGGAAAGAAAAAGAGGCGGCCAAGAAGAAGUUGGAGAAGUUAGCGGACGAGAAAAGAGAGGCUUUCCUGGAGGAGAAAGAGAAAUUCCUUAAGGAGGUAGAUGCAAAGAUCGAGUCCAUGCUCAAGAGUAUCAAGAAAAAGCAUGGGGAUGAGACCCUGCUUACAGACUCGGAAAGGACCCUGUUCACGGUGACAGAAAGCACCAUCGCCGAAUUCCGGGCAGAAGCCAAAGAGAGGAUGCUAGCAGAACUGAAGGAGCGAGCUCUGGUUGAAGCUCAAAAGAUAGCACUGGAAGAAGUGAAAGAGAGAGCGUUGGCGGAAGCACGAGAGUUGGCUUUGGAGGAAGCAAGGAACUGGGCCUUGCUCCAAGCAAGGAAGAUGUCCUUGAUUGAAGCCUGGGAGAAGGUUCUGACUGAAGCACGAGAGAAAGCCGUAGAAGAAGUGAAGGAACAGGCGUUGGCUGAGGCCCGGGAGAGGGUGCUGGCCGAAGCCCGAGAGAGGGCUCUGGCCGAGGAGGAAGAGGAGGAAAUGGAAGCCAUCUUGGAAGAAAAGAUCCAAGCACUGGCUGAAGUCAGAGCCAAAGAACUGGCCGAAGAAAGAGCCGUGGAAAUGGCAUUCUUGGUAUCGCUAGAGGCGGAUGAGGACAGGGUUUUACAAUUGCUCGGGGCCUUCCCAGUAGAAGCAGAUGAGGCAAGGAUCUUUGAGCUAGCAGUGGAAAGAGCCCGGGAGCUGACGGAGGCAAGAGCAAUGGAACUGGUGGAGGAAAAAAUGACGCAGCUCUCGGAUUCAGUCAUAAUGGAGCUGGUUGAGGAAAAAAUACUAGAGCUCAUUGAGGCACAAAUGAAAGAACUGGAGAAGGAGGAAGAAAAAAUGGCUGCUCGACAAAGAUUAAUUCCUGGCAGCAAGGAGUACCUUUUAGCCAGAAAGAAAUUAUUUUCUGCAAAAGAAGAAGAAGAAGAAGAGGCAGGGAUGUGGGAGGACUUAGAAGAGGGGGAGAGUCCCUGGUCUCUUACUGAGCGUGAAACAGAGACUUUAAUUGCCAUGGCCCAGAAAGAACCCGUGCCAUCACCAAAACUUGAGUUUUCAGAACGUGCUCAGUUGAUCCUGGAUGUCUUGACUGGACCAGAGAAGUUGGAGCGAACAGAUUCUGAAAACUUCCAGCGCCUUUGUCAAGUGGUAUCCUUGCUUGACAUCACUUCAACAACAGAUAUUCAAGCACUGACUGUGACUCUGCUCCAGAAAGUUGGAGAAACCAUCAAGGAAGGUGAGGAGCAGCAGGCUCUUUUGCCUGAAGAAGACGUCUCUGUUUUGAGGGUGCUCAAAGACACAUUCAGAGCACGUCAGUCCUGGAUGUUUGACCCGUCACAGUUUUCCAAGAAGCUGAGCGGCCUUCUGAAAGCUGCCGAGACUGUCAUGCAGGCCAAGAAGUUGAAGGAGAAGCUGGACAGAGAAUUUUGGAAAAAGUGCUGGGAGGACAGAGCUAUGAAGCCACUGGAGGCUGGUGAAAUGAAGAUCAGGGGAAAGAAGGCCUGGCUGGGCAAGAAACUGAAAGAUGCCCUUAGGAAGUGGAGAGUGGAUCAAGAAAGGGCUCACUGGGAAAAGAGAGAGAAGGAGCGCCUGGAGAAGCGCCUCAAGAUCAGAUCACGGCCCAUCCUGCUCGAUGUGUCUGAGAAGGAGAAAGACGAGGAGAGUGUGUCAGAGGAGGAGAAAGCAGCGGAGGACGAGGAGAAGCAGAAGGAAGAACGGACCACUCGCCGUAAGCCCGCCCAACUGACUUGGUCACUGACUGCUCAGCGCGAGAGGGCCUGGAAAGUUAUUGUGCAGAUGGAGAAGCAGCUGCCUCUUUCAACUGAGGAGAAGCUCCGGCGCCACAGACCCAAAGGUCACCGGCUUCCCAAAGAAUCUCUCUACUUGGCCAGCAAGCCAGUACUCACGGUUCAUCGGAAAACACUCCGGCGUGGUGCCCAGCAGCACAUUUUCCGUCUUGAUCACGAGAAAGGUGUGGACUGGGACAGUUUUAUGAACAUCUACCAGUCAUUAAUGGCCUUGAAGCAAGAAGAAGGUGGCAUGGACACAGCAGCUUGGCAUGAGCAGUCUGCCCAGUUGCUGGAUCUCUAUGGCACAAGCAACCUGCUCGUCCGGAAUAUGCUGCAGCAGCUCUUGUUGGGAGACCGCCGCCAUCGCAAAUAUGUCAUGGGCAGCACCCUUAAGAUGAGAAAGGCAGAAGCCGAUUUAGGCCAACGGAUCCUCUAUGAGUUGAUCCAUCACUCAGCCCGACUUCGUCCCAGGCCUCCCACCAUACAUGGCAUCAUUCCACUCAGCUACCAGAACAAUGUCCAUCCCUUCAAGAUGCGGGGGACGACCCGCUAUGGCACCUUGGCCUUCAAGUGGAAGACCUACAUGUCCAAGGGGAAGAUGCCCAGGCUGCGCUUGUUCGUGCACUCAAAUUCUUUUUGAAAGAGCUUUAAUUACAAAAAUCCUGUAUACACUUACAUGCAGAUUCCACUACACAUAUAUGUAUAUAUCGCUUUAUACUGAUUUUUUUGUACUACACAUCCUGCUUUCAAUAUACAACACAGACAUUUGUGAGACCCUUCCAGGGUAGUGAACACUUACUCAAGCUUCCCGUUCAAUAAAGGAAAAGUUAAU